AAGCGCCAAAAGAAAAGAAAACUAAAAUUGAAAAAGAAAAAGAAAAACCUUGGCUUUCCACAGUUAAAGCAUGUUUAGAUCAUUAGUACUUGGAAAGUCUCUUUCUGUCUUCAUCAUCUUCUCUAGCUAGCUCUAGGGUUUCAGGAGGAAGUGAGAAAGUGGUUGGGUUCGUUUCAGUUUCAGGGGAAAAAGGAAAAAAAAGCUCGUUUCUUCUUGUUUGGUUUCAACUUCAUUUCAGAGUUUUGGAAGUGAAAAUGUUGGAAAAUCAGGAGAAAGAAGAAGAGGAAAAGUUAGCCAUCGCCAAAGACUCUGAAGUAGAAGUGUGCUCUGAAGAAGAAGGCUUCGUAGGUGCUUGGUACAGAGCCAUCCUCGAGGACUCUCCGACCAAAUCUAGACGCAUAAAGCUCCGAGUCCGUUACACGACCUUGCUCAAAAAUGACUGCUCAGCUCCUCUCACCGAAGCAGUCCAACAGAGCUUCAUCCGUCCUGUCCCGCCUGAGGAUCUGUACGACGGCGUCGUUUUCGUUGAAGGUUCAGUGGUUGACGCUGAUCUCAAAGAUGGGUGGUGGGAAGGCGUGGUGGCUAAAAAAUUGGAAGAUGAACAGUACUUGGUCUGCUUCGAUACUCCACCGGACAUACUCCAGUUCAACAGAAAGCAGCUGAGACCUCAUCUUGACUGGACAGGCUCCCAAUGGGUCCGACCAGAGAUCAAGGAACUGAGCAAGUCACUGUUUAGCUCCGGGACCAUGGUUGAAGUGAGCCGUGGGAUUAAUAGACUGGAAGCUGCUUGGGUCCCUGCAAUUGUGGUUACGGAGGUUGAAGCGGGUGUUGUUGUCAAGAGUUGUUACAAGUCUCUGACUUUCAAUGCUGAGGAAGUGACCCCAAGCUUCGCGGUUGAUGUACGCAAGGUCAGGCCUGUACCUCCACCGUCUUCUGUUGAAGAGUACAUCUUGUCAGCUCCUGUUGACGCGUUUAAUGGUUCGGCAUGGCGUCGUUGUGUGGUGACAGCAAUUCGUACUGAUAAAAGCUACCAAGUGAGUUUUGUGGGCACAAAAGAGAAGGAUGUGUUCAAGCACUCUGACCUUAGGCCUUCAAUGGAGUGGGAGGACGGUGUUUGGCUUCCUAAGAAAAAGCUUGAAAAGGAUACUCCUCCUUCAGACGGCCAAAAGAAGAGAUACUUAAGUGAAAUCAAUGCGUUGAGCAGACCCAAAAAGCUCAAGGUAAUCCGCUCUUGUGGUGCCACUAAGCCUGGAGGAAGUGCAACUGUAACUCCUAAGCAUGUCAGACAAUCCCCGGUUCAUGGAGAAGCCACUGAGGGUGAAACUGAACUCCAUGAGACUGUAGCUGUAAAGAAAUCUGGAAAUCAAAUGGCUGGUGCUGCUGCUACGCCAGUCACAACCAUACCAAUAGAAAAAGAAUCUGCUCCACCUGUGACCUCAGUGAUAAAGGCAACACCGUUCAGAACACCAGAUGCUGAAACUCAAGUAAUGACAACCCCUAAGAAGACCCUUCAUCCAAUGAGUGUGCAAACUGGAGAGAAGACGGCUGAAGAGCAUAACAACAAAGGAAUCAGUCACGACUCAAACCUUGAAGAUUAUACUGCAGAAGAGGCUUUGAUCGCUGAUACAAAUGACAAGGAUGAUUAUGAUCAGCCCCUCUCUGCAUGGAUCCAAGGAGGAAAAUCAUCUAAUGAUUCUGACAAAUCUAAGAUGAUGUAUCCAACAGAGUUAUCAACUCCUGAUAAAACCACCGGAGCAAGUGAGGAUACAACAGUGGUUCUGCCGUUUGUGAAACGCUCACCCGUCUGGAAAGCGAUUGAAUCAAUGGAAGUCUAUAAGAAAGCAAAGCAGAAUCCUCAUUUCACCCCGUUGCUCGGUACAAGAGAAGAGCUCCGUGAAGGGUUAGCAGCUGGUGUGAUGGUGAAUUUUUCUAGUUUAUUAGAGAGAGUAACAGAUCUGCACCUUCACACUCCCAAAAGCAUACUGGAGGGACUGAAAGAGUGCUUUUACGAGAGUGAGAAGUAUGGAUUUGAUGUUGCUGAGCCGAUAUCUCGGAUUGCAAUGCUGGUCUCUCUCGUAGAAGAAAACUUUAGCAGAGAGGAUAAGCUAAAAGAAAUGGAGAAAGGGAAGGCAGAGGCAGUUAGCAAAGUGGAAAAAGUUAGAGAAGAUCUGAGAGAUGUUGAGUGCAAGAUUCUCGAGCUGCAGAACCAAAAAGGAGACUUGAAAGUGAAGGAGGAUGCUGAAGAGAAAAAGAUUGCUUAUUUACAGAUGUGUGCUGAAGAGAUUGACAAAAGGUCGCAAGAAGCUGAGCUUAAGUUUCAGGAGAUCGUGUCUGCUUCUUGGUGAUGCCUCCACCAUCAACCUGUUUAUGUGAGGUUAGGUUAGAGUUGGAAACAAGAAGAAAAAAAAACUAUGAUGAGCUGCUCUAAGCUCUCUAUCUUUUGCAAAUGAAAGCUAGACUAAGUUUAACAAGGAAGAAUACUUUUGGUUAUGUUAAGGUAGAUGAUUGAUUGAGCUGGUUUUAACUCUACUGUCACUUUUGAUGAAAACUAUGAAGUUAGUGGGUAUUCUGGUGAUUAUGAAUUGCUAAUUUGUGGUAAA